GUAUUAAGCGAUGGAGGUCGAUGCGAUGCGAUCGGCACCGUAAGGAGGCGUACAUCGAAGCCGGCGCCGGAGAAAGCUAAACUUGAGGCACGCUGCUCCUCUCCUCGCUCUCUCUCACUUUGGCAGUUCUGGUCAAUAGCCAAAAAAUGGCCGCGAAUACGGAAGAAAACCUAGAUGUUGCUAUAGAUGCUUUGUUGAAUGUGGAGAAGCAAAUGAGGCUUGCUGGUGAUGUGGCUGGAACGAAGAAAGCUGUUGUUGAUAUUGUGGAACUUUGCUAUAAAGCGCGCGCAUGGAAGACACUGAAUGAUCAAAUUGUUCUUCUGUCAAAGCGAAGAGGGCAACUUAAGCAGGCUGUAACUGCCAUGGUGCAAAAGGCAAUGAAUUAUAUUGACGAUACACCUGAUGUUGAUGCCCGCAUAGAGUUAAUCCAAACUUUGAACAAUGUCUCUGCUGGGAAGAUAUAUGUUGAGAUUGAGAGAGCUCGUUUAAUUAAAAGACUUGCAAAGAUUAAAGAAGAGCAAGGCCUUAUUGCUGAGGCUGCUGAUUUGAUGCAAGAAAUUGCUGUGGAGACAUUUGGGGCAAUGGCUAAAACAGAGAAAAUUGCUUUCAUUCUUGAACAAGUUCGGUUGUGCUUAGACCGCCAGGAUUAUAUGCGUGCCCAAAUUUUGUCAAGAAAAAUUAGCCCUCGAGUGUUUGAUGCAGAUGCUUCAAAGGAAAAAAAGAAGCCAAAGGAAGGGGACAGUGUCGUGGAAGAGGCCCCUGCAGAUAUACCUUCCCUAUUGGAGCUGAAGCGGAUCUACUAUGAACUUAUGAUUGGCUACCAUUCUCAUCAUAAUGAUUAUUUAGAGAUUUGCCGGAGUUACAAGGCAAUAUAUGACAUUCCAUCUGUAAAAGAAGACCCAGCAAAAUGGACUCCGGUGCUAAGAAAAAUUUGCUGGUACUUGGUGUUAUCGCCCCAUGAUCCUAUGCAGUCGAGUCUUCUCAACUCUACUCUAGAAGAUAAAAACCUUUCUGAACUUCCCAACUUUCGCUUUUUGUUGAAGCAGCUAGUGACAAUGGAGGUUAUUCAUUGGGCAAAUCUUUGGGAGACUUACAAGAAUGAGUUUGAAACUGAGAAGAAUCUUCUUGGUGGGUCUUUGGUUCCAAAGGCAGCGGAAGAUCUAAAACUGAGGAUCAUUGAACACAAUAUAUUGGUUGUCUCCAAGUACUAUUCGAGGAUUACCUUACAGAGGCUCUCUGGUUUACUAUGCCUCACUCUACAGGAGGCGGAGAAGCAUCUAUCCGAUAUGGUAGUAUCAAAAGCCUUAGUUGCGAAGAUUGACAGGCCCAUGGGAAUUGUGAGUUUUCAGACGGCAAAGGAUAGUAAUGACGUACUUAAUUCAUGGGCGACUAAUUUGGAGAAGCUGCUUGAUCUUGUUGAGAAGAGUUGCCACCAGAUUCACAAGGAAACCAUGGUUCACAAAGCUGUUCUCAAAGCUUAGGAUGGCAGCUUUGCUUGAGUUCCAACUUAGCCAUCUCUUAGGCUAUCUGAAUGUUGUAACUCAAGCAUUAUACCGUUUUUAUGUUUAUCUUCUCUUUCAUGUUGGAUUAAAGACAAUUGUGUUAGUGCACUAAGCUUAGCUCAUUACUUGCUAUCAAAAUCAUUUCAUUUGGAAGCAUGAUGGUUGGAUAAAAA